AUGGCCAGCGUGGUUGAAGAUUUUUGUGAAUUUCAGGUCCUACUUUCACUUUGCUUAGUUUGAUCCUUCUGGAGUUUCUCUUUCUUAUGCUUCAGUCUCUGUACUCCCGUUUUCUCUCAUUUACUACUUUUUAACAAUCUCGAAGUUAUUGCUUCCACUUUGUUUACCAGUUACAGAUCUAGUGAUGACAGUGAGAUACCGUAACUACCAGCCUAUUGUGAUGGGCUCUUUCAACAUAUUCAUUGAUAAACAUCCUCCAGAUCUUGUCAGGUUUUAGGAUCAUUGAUAAGUGCUCUUGGUAAUUACUGCCUUUGGUCGUGUAUUGGGAUCUGAAAUCUGCAGUUUCAACUAGACACACAAUGCAUGCCUUCAUUUCUCAUUAACUUUAGAAUUUAUGGUCCUGUUAUUUAAAUGUUGGAAAAAAUUUGCAUUACUAACUGUUGGGGAUUGCCAAAUCAGACCACUUCAUGGACACUUAUUUCAUAUUUGAAAUGCAACUUACCUCUUCAAGUUCUUUUCAGUUAUAUGUUAAUGAGAGCUUAGAACACAUGUUUUUGUGUCAAAGUCACAUUUUAAGGUACACGUGACCACUACCUACCAACAUCAUUUUCAUAACUGUGGUUCUACAAAGUCCUCCACAACGUACCACAAUUUAUUUUUAAGAACUAUCAUCAUUGUGGCUAAUGGUCGACAGAACUACUUUAAAUUGAUUCUCUGCCCCCUACGAUCAACUAUUGUUCGCUAAUUUAACUUUUGGCUUUCACUAAUGCAAUGGAUUAUCAUCACCACCUGUGGUCUCGUUUUGCCCACCACCUAUGUCACUUACCAAUAUUGUUCCUCGCACUAACUACGAAUAUUGUUACCCAUCGUCACCUAUUACUGUCAUCCACCAACCAUCGCUGUCCAUUAUCACUUUGCUAGGUCCUAAUUGAGAAUCUUACCUCUAUUAAAACAGUUUAAAUACUUUAUCGUUAAUGUAGAUAGGUUUUGAGGUGAGUAUCAGAUUUCAGAUUUCAAGUUUCAAUCUUAAAUAUUGUCAAAGUGCCUUGUCAUUACAAUAAUAAGUUUCUAGUCCCUUUCCUUUGGCAUCUUCUAUUUUCAAUACCAAGGGAAAUGUUUUUAUGGAUUUGAUUUUUUUGGGUAUUCAAAUCUAUGGAAACAUCUCCCUUGUUAUUGAAAAUCUAGGAUGACAUUUUAAUGUGUUUCAUUGGUACUUUGCUAGAGUAUUCUAUCGAAUGCACUAGGAUGAUAAGAGUAGGUUGGUCAGAUGACAUACAAAACCAUCUUUUAAUAAAUCUUAUACGUAGCCCAAUAAUCUAAAUGAUAUAUCAGCGCUUAUUUUGGGUAUGGUCUUCCAAUGUUUCUCACCAAACUAUCAUGAUAUAUGUCGGUUUUUUUCAUCUUGAAAUUUUCAAGUCGAUUGAAUCUUCUUAAUAUACCUGAAGUUUGAUGAAUAAUUUGCCUGAUGUCGAGUGCAUUUGAUCAGCUUGAGUGUGUGUUCAAUACUCUUUUCGUUGAAUAUGUGCAGGCUGAUUGCCCAUCUUCUAGUUCUGUAUCAUUUGGAAGAUUUGAAGCUGAGCCUUUGUCUUGGGAGAGGAAGUCAUCCUUUUCACACAAUCGGUACCUUGAAGAGGUUGAAAAGUAUUCAACUCCGGGUUCGGUUACUGAAAAGAAAGCCUACUUUGAAGCUCAUUUCAAGAGGACAGCACUUCGUAACCUAAUUGCUAUAGAAAGACAAAAUGAGGCCGAAGAACAAGAAAAAAAUGGCAUAGAGGACCAAGACACUUCCAUUGAAGAAAUAACAAAACAUGGCAAUGUAUCAACCAAUUCUGAAGAUUUUGUAGAGCACGGUCAACACAGAAUCCAAUUUUCCUGGCACAAUGGAAGCCCAAAUGAUGAUCAAAAUGAGGUAAUGGAGACCAGAAAGGAAGAACAAACACCAACACCUGCAUUGCGUCCCAAAGUCGAAAAUAAUAACCUCAAGGCAUCACCAUUAAAAUCUGGAAAAAAUGUUGAAACUGGAAAUAAUGACAAGGCCAAUGCGUCCACUAAGAGUUUAGCAAUGGAGAAAGUUCGUUCCUCAAGUUUGAAGAAGACUAUAAGAUCUUCCCACAUGGUUAGAUAUCCUCUUAUCUUUGAACCUUUUUGUUAUCUUUUCAUAUGUCAUGUAUUUGAAGCGGCUUUCCAGCUAGUAAAGUUGUAAUGGCUUUGUUGACUUGAGAAUGAGGUUGAUAAGAAAAUAAGGAGGUAGCAUCGUGUGUUUAUUUGAGCACCAUUCUUAACUUCAGAUUUUUUAUGUUUCCAUUUUUGCUUAUUACUAAUUAAGAUAGAUGAUUUAGAGCUUCGAAGUGCUCCUCUUGCUAAGUGUUUAUGGUCACCUCUUGUUGAAAAUACUCAUUUCAGGCAAAAGCAACAGUGGAAAAGAAACCAAGAAUAACAAAACCAAAAAUGGAGGGUACUGCUAGCCGGAUUGAAAAGAAGAUUCCAUCUGUAAAUAGUUAUUCUUCUUCAAAGAGUGCAUCGGCAAAAGAGUUGAAGAAAAUAGAAAAGGAGACUACAAAAAAAGUCAAGCAUUCUUCUUCGACGGUCUCAACAAUGAUGUGUAUUGGCCCAACAAAUAUGAAGCUUGAGGCAUGAAUACUGAUUUAUAAUUUUUAAUGCUUUACCUCAGAUUCGGAAAUCCCCCAAUUUAUCAUUAUAGAGCGAGGAUUUGUUUUCUGAUAUAUAUCCCGGAUAUCUAUUCCUUUAUACAGAUAUUUACUCUUUCUACUAUAGUUUUUUUAACAAUUGGACAAAAAACUUAGGUUAUAGAAUCAAUGCACUAGAUGAUCGAAGGGGUAACGAAUUUAGGCGACUAUGCUCUUAAAUCAUGGUGGUGGAUACUUCUACAUCACUCAUGCAAUUUUUUCGCAUAUAAAUGUGUUUUUAAAAAAAUCUUUGAUGUACUUCCUGUAGGAUUUUGAUAAAACGACAGACAAAGCAAGACCGGAGAGUAAAAGGUAUAUAUAUUUUCCGAUUUGAAAAUAAUAAAUCUUUUUUUGGUUCAAACUGACAUAUCCUCUACUUAUUUGACUGGUUCUGGAACAGCUCCUCCAAAAGUGAGAAAAAAGUUGACCUAAAGACUGUUUCCAUACCCGGAUCUGAUUCUUAUAAAAAAGGCUUAAGUAGUGGACAUCGAUCAACGCAUAGGUAUUUGGUCUCAUCCGAAAGCCACUUUGCUUUCAUUUUGUGUAUCAUUGGAAUAAAGUUUCUUUUUCAGGGAUGAACACCUAACAACUACAAUGAGGCUGCCAUCAAGAACGAGUACCCGAGCCUUUAAUUAUAAAUUUAGUGAAAGAAUUGAGCAGAGGAACGAGGCAAGUAGCAUGAUUUUUUAAUAAUUCAUCUUGGUCAUGCAUAACUCACGUGGCAUAUUUUUACGAAAGUUCUGCCACCAAAAGUAUUCAUUUGUCUUUUGCCAUCUCAGUCCAUUAUGCCUCCAAGGAUUAUUAUUUUCCUCUACCUUUCUGUGCCAUAGAAAGAUAUGCUCUUCCAUCCAACCAGAUCCAUUUAAUAAUCUUGGGAGUUGAUAGCUACCUGGCUUGAAGGCUUGUUCUGAAUGGCUCUGAAACUCAAAUCACUCAUAUUUUUCCAUCGCCAUAUGGUUUAGAGAUGAUAAUGACUCUUGAUGUUUAUGAUGAUUAUUUAUGAUAAUGAUGUUGAUGACGAUAAUCUUCUAAAAAAUGAUUAAAAAUCUUUAGGGUUCUAUCGUACUACUGGUUUUUUCUCCAAGAAUGGGGAGUUUGAUGAGCUUGAUUCAUGGAUUUGCAGGAGAAAGAAGUCGAAACUAAACAACUGGCUAAGCGGAUAAACCUCAAGGCAGCAUCUACACCUUUCUCCUCUCACAAGCCCAAUCCCAAACUCAUAUGCGGGAAGAAGGUACUUGCUAAAAUGGGAAAUUUGCAAUCACUAAACAAUAUGAUAUAUAACAAUUAUGCACAUCAGUGGCUGCUUAGAUAACAUGCCUCUCCAUGACUAGUGUUUUAUACUCCAAUGCACCAGAUCUCUUUUAUUGAAAGUUGAUACUGUCGCUGAAGAUUAGUGAAUCAAGUCACUACAAGUUGGUACCUUUUACUAUUUUCAGGUGAUUAAUGGAUCGACACAUAUUCUUCCACCAUGUAGAAAUCAAGCAAUACCCCCUUCACUUGGCAAGUCAUUGAAACUGCAAGGGUUGACCACUACUAGUGACGAACAUCGAAGUGUUGUCCGUAGUGAGUCUCAUAACCGGUUGGGUAAGCUAAAAGCCUUUGGGGCCCAGAAACAGGCAUCUGGGCCUAGUAAGGCGGUUGGUGCAGUUAAGAGAGAAGGAGACAAGGUGAAGGCUACUAUCAUGCAGAGAUGGGAUGCAGCUGGAAAGGUGACCCAAGGGGCUGGCGCCAGUAAGCCAAGGAGAAGUAGCACAGGAAGCAAGUGCAUGACUACUCAAAGGGUGGCUAUUCUUAUUUCCUCAUAGUUCAAGUUCUCUGUUAUUUUUUCAAAUACGCAAAUAAUGGGUAAAAUAAGAUUAAAAAUCGCGUCAAAACACUAACUGUAGAUAUCUCACCUUACCUUUUGGCUCUUCGGAUCAUUUACUAUAUCUCCCAAGUUUGCUUCUUCUUGGGUUCAACCAGACUUUCUAGAGCACGGUCUCCUCAUGUAUAUGUAUAUAAGUACCCUUAAGAUGUUUUGAAGGGCAGAGAUAUGUCUAUUUUUUCGAAGAUUAUAGAGUGUGUGUGUGUUUUCCGAAGAUGAUAUUAGGGAAGAUUGAUUCAAAUCAAUUGCAGAAACUUGGUUUAAUUUUAUUUCUGAUUCAACUUGAGACAUUGGGAUCAACUUUGUCAGAACAUAAAGCUUGGCAUGUAUAUAUAUGUUGGUUUUCCUUGCUGGGUUCCUCUAUUUUUUGAACUGAUUGGUUUUAAGGAUAAACAUUGGACAGUGAUUCAAUAUUGGUUUAAUCUAGGUUCUCCACUAUUUGAGAAUAAUCAAUCCUUUGAACCAUAGAAUAAAAAGGGAAAUAUUUCCCUCUCAAACUGAUUAUUGAUGGGAGAAGGGCUUGUAGAUAUUGAUGGGGAUAAAUCAGGAAAAAUCAGAAAGUAGCUGAGCUACACAAGGAAUGCUCGCCAUUUAGGAAGGAAGAAUGAGGACAAAGCGUGCCUGCCACAUCUUGAGGGCAGGAUUUACACAGGAGGGUGAGCUGAAGAAUGGAAGAGAGCAAAACGUGGGGAUUCAGCACUGUUGGGAUUCAUUUGUAAACAGGUUGGAGGAGAUAGCCAUAAGGACGAUGGUUGCCUUCACAUCCUCCUCGCUGAAGUCGGCUGCCAGAUUCAGCACCUACUGCAGCAAGUCCUCCAUCGCCUCAGAAGGUAUGUUUGAAGAAAAAAAAUACAUUUUCCUGACUCAUUACAUUGCAUUUCUUGAUAAUACAUAG